CCGAAAGAGGCGAUGUGGCUGCCAUGCAGCGCGCCGCCUUGCUUGAACUGUGGCGCCACUGGAUUCUGGAUGCUUCGCCCCUCAGUUCACUGAAACGUGCAAGACAGCUCACAAUCAUAGGCAGGAAUGACUGGGGAGAGGUGAUUACUGAUCAGCUAGGAGCUGUCAAGGUGACGUCGAUCAGGGCCGUGCUCGUCACAGGGUAGCCCCUUUGCACCUUCGCUUUUGAGGCUGCUGUGCAAUUCGAUCGCCACUUCAUAUCGCCCCUUUGAGCAUUGAUUGAAGCACGUUCCUUGCUCGGCAUUGCUCUGAGACCGCUCAAUCACAGCAGCAUUGUUGCAUUCGGAGACCUUCUAUCGAAGAAGAAGCUGUUCACCAGCUUUGGAGACUCGCAUUUUGUUUCUAAACUCUUAAGACACAGCUUGCGAGCAGAUUUCAAUCCUGGAGCGGGUCAUAGGAAAGGUCACUGAGACAGUGUCCAGAAUGGCUGUGGGCUCGUCGAACGGAUCGGCCAAUGGCGCGGCGCCAAAUGGCGCCCACGUGAAGGGAAUGUCGGACGGGGCCGCUUCGGCGGACAAUCCGAGAGUGGGCAGCGAUGGGAAGACUCCUCUGCUCACCACUGGAGGGGGACACCCCGUGUCUGAUGACAACAACAGUGUGUCGAUCGGGGGCCGCGGUCAGCUACUGCUGGAGGACUUCCAUUUGCUGGACAAGCUUGCGCAUUUCGAUAGGGAGCGCAUCCCGGAGCGCGUUGUCCACGCAAACGGAUCUGGCGCCCACGGUUACUUCGAAGUCACACAGGACGUAAGUGACCUGUGCAAGGCCGCUUUCUUAAGCGAGGUCGGCAAGCGGAUCCCCGUGCUGUCGCGCUUCUCCACAGUUGGGCUGGAGUCCGGGUCUGCGGACACUGUGCGUGACCCACGUGGUUUCUCCGUCAAGUUCUACACUGAGGAGGGCAUCUGGGAUAUGGUGGGCAACAACACGCCCAUCUUCUUCAUGCGCGACCCCAUCAAGUUUCCCGACUUCAUCCACACACAGAAGCGCCACCCGUCCAAGCACGUCAAGGACCCGGACGUCUUCUGGGACUUUCUCACGCUCACACCGGAGUCCUUCCACCAGGUUCUCAUUCUCUUCAGCCCCCGCGGUGUGCCUGACGGUUACCGCCACAUGAACGGGUACGGCAGCCACACGUUCAAGUGGGUUAACAAGGAGGGUCAGGCGAACUGGGUCAAGUUCCAUUUCAAGACUGACCAGGGCAUCAAGAACCUGACGCACGAGGAGGGUGUCAAGCUGGCCGGAAUUGACCCCGACUACGCUAAGAAGGAUUUGUACAACUCCAUCGAGGCUGGCGAUUUCCCGUCCUGGACCUUCUUUGUCCAGGUAAUGAGUCUGGAACAGGCGGAGACUUUCAAGUGGGAUCCCUUCGACUUGACCAAGGUCUGGCCGCACAAGGAGUUCCCGUUGCGGGAAGUGGGUCGGUUUACGCUGGACCGUAACCCGACCAACUAUUUUAACGAGAUUGAGCAGGCGGCCUACUCCCCGGCGCACAUGCCCCCGGGCAUUGAGGCGUCCCCCGACCGAAUGCUGCAGGCGCGUCUGUUUAGUUACGACGAUACGGCCCGACAUAGGCUGGGUCCAAAUUACCUGCUGCUGCCCAUCAACCGUUGCCCCUUCGCGAAGGCGCAGACGUAUCAGAGCGACGGUUUCAUGCAAGUGGGCGAUAACGGCGGUUCCGGCCCCAACUAUUACCCCAACAGCCGGGAGCUCUGGCCCAACGCCCCGAGGCCCGAUCCCGCACAAGCCAACCCCGAGCCCUUCCCGGUGGAAGGUGGUCUGGCCGGUCGGUACCCUAACAAGAAGUGGGUUGACCAGAACGACUGGGACCAGCCGCAGAUGCUGUGGAAGACGAUGUCGAAGGAGGACCAGGAGCAGACGCUGUCCAAUAUCGCGGGGCACCUGCAGGGCGCGCAGGAAUUUAUCCAGAAGCGCGCGAUUGCGCUGUUCGGAAAGAUCGACCCGGAAAUGGAGGAGGGGCUCCAGGCGAUACUGCCGGAGAAGAAGAAGAGCGACGAGCCGUACACGAUGACGGCGUAGAGAAAUCGACGGUGGAGAUUGGCUGAAUUUGACUGUUCGGGGACACAGAACACUCAAAUCCAGAUUGGUUGUAAGAGAUUCGAAAAGCGGCGUUAUGGCCGUAGGGAAUGGUCGGUGAGAAAAAGGGCUAAAGUUUAAAACGUGACGCCCAAGGGCGAAAUCGUCAUUGGGGUGUACGUCUUCGCCAAUUGAUGGUGGUUUGUAAAAGUGAGGGGCUACGUGGAAAUUAUAGAGCGAGCCGUGCAGACGGCUUAGAGAGACUUCCAAAGUGGGGACUGAUGUCAAGCUCAGAGUUAGAUGUAGUAUAUUCUUAAGUGUAAGAGGGGGCUGAUCGAAAGAAAAUCGAGAAUUUUUAGCAAAACAAUUCUCUGCAUGCCUCGAUUUUGGGAACUUCCCUAAAACAAAAAAGUGUUUUAGAUGGUCUAAUGAAAGUAAGAAUUGAUUACAAGCAAAACAGGGUACGCAAAGAGGUUGAGAGAAAGUUCCGACUUUGAGAGAAAGUUCGACCUUGCACGCAUCGCUCCGAAAAUAAUCUGCAAGCUCAAAUCUCACGCAAUUCAUGCAGAUUUUUUGGAUUAAGUGUGAAGUAAACCCCGAUCGAGUAUAAUGCACGAUCCAGCUAUCUUACCUGCG